UCGUCAAUUAAAAAGUUAGGUUACUAAACAGGUGAGGUGAGGAAGUGUAGUGUAUUUUUGUCGUAAAAGUAUAAAAAUUUAAGUAAAUAUGAGUUCUGGAUUCAUAUCGGAGACCGAGAUAUUGGAAGCAAGGCGUCGCCGACAGGAGGAAUGGGACAAAGUACGCACCGAAGACCAGCCUGAACAGGCACCAGAAGAGCCCUACGACACCAGGCCGCUGUACCAGCGCCUCGAAGAGCAGAGGAUGAAGAAGGAGGCUGAAUAUGAAGAGGCUCAUAAACUGAAGAACAUGAUCCGUGGUCUAGAUGACGACGAGGUGGGUUUCCUGGACCUGGUGGAGCGCUCGAAGGCUAAAGCCGCCCAGCAGAUCUCUAUUGAGGAGCAGCGGGAGAUGCAGGAGUUCAGGGAGCGCGUAUCCAACUUGGCGGAGAGCGAGGAGCUGUCGCGGCUCCGCGCGCAGCUGGCGCCCGCGCGGAACACCAACAACACACAGGCGCAAGCACAGAAGAACAAACUGCAAGGGGUGGUAGUCCGUAAGCGCAAGGCAAGUGAGAUGGAGGGCGACAAACAAGAAAAGGGAUCUCCCCCGCCCAAGACUAACGGACUUGUGUCUGCCAGCCCUAAUAACAACACAGAGAACACAUCGUCAGAUUGCGGUCGUCGCUGCGUGGGAGUGCUGCCGGGGCUGGGCCACUACGACACCGACUCUACCUCAGACACAGACGAAUCUAGCGACCAUGACUCCCUUACUAGCGAAAACGACAAAUGCUGCGCCAAACGCGACAUGUUGGGUCGUCGUCACGAAGAUAAGUCACGAAAAGAUGACAAGAGUUAGAGAUACUGCGGCAAUCGUAGGCAACUUGCUAUAUUAUAUCUUAAACUGCAGUUUUAUAUUACAUACAGUUUCUUCACUUAUAGUAAAGUAAAGCUCAAUAGUAUUUAAAAGGUACCUACGACCUAUAAUAACAUAGGUACCUCUUGGUCCAGGCUGGGUCUGUAAUAUACACCUCAACUCCUAUUUCUGAAAACAGCAUGAAAAUCUGUGUAGUAGUUUUUGAGUUUAUUGAGAACCGUCAGACGGAUGCGGGAAAGCAGUUUGUAUAUGUAGUGUCUUGUAUUUUUGACCCAGUCAUCUUAGAUUGCAAGUUAGACAAUAAUUAAUGUUGCAUCAAGUUUCAUAGGGGCUUUUUUUAACGACGUAAAAAAAUCAUCAAAUGACCUCUUCCGCUGUGGGUUACGCGCGGUGAGGGAGUGUCAGACUUACUGACUAAACACCGUCGUGUUCCGUCGCAGGCCGCGUAUGUACCAGCGCCGCGGUAAUGAGCGCGAACAAUCUCAUAGGGUCUUUUUUAGCGACGUAAAAUCAUCAAAUGACCCCUCCCGCUGUGAUCUCAUAGGGUCUCAAAUUAUCUUGAGGCAUCUAAGGUUCUAUUUACAAAGGUCUAACAGUUAAUUCUUAAAUCAGAAACUUGGUUGUAGGUUGUUUCAAGAUGACUGGGCUAUUGUAAAUAAUUUUGAUAUCUCAGAACAAUAUCGCGCUAUAAAGACGAAUAAGGUUGUUGAAUACAUAAUAUGUGUCUAUGUAUUUGUGUCUCGGCAUUUUUUGUUACUGCCAUGUAAAUAAUGCCUAAUAAAAAAUACUUUUAAUAUAGCUAUUUAGACCUAAAUUCCAUAAAAUCGGAGGAGUUUUUAAACAACCAAUAAAAUGUCGUUAUUCACUCAUAGGCUCCGCCCACUCAGUAGUGUACCUGAGCGGAGAAAUCCUAUUGGUUGUUAAAAACUUCUCUGCUUUAGUGGCGUUUUUAUGCACAAUAAAAAAAGACAUUUAAUAAAUACUACUCUUGUAUUCAAUAUGAUGUUUAUAAUAUUUAGGAAGGUAACUAUGCAACUGUAUAUAUUGUAAAACUGCUUAUGUGAUCUAAUCUAAGUUAUCGAUAGUACAUAUAAUUUUAAAAUUUA